UCGACAGAGGGCACUUUUGUAUCUGAAAGUUGAAGUUGUCUUUAACCCUGAACGAGAAAGUUGUAAAUAAUUUUCUGUAAAAAAUCUACUCGAUGACUUUAUUAAUGGUUUAGGAUAAAUAGAAAGUGAAUUAAUGAUUAUAAAGUGAAUUCUGAAAGUGAUGGCUAACCUUAAAUGGUGUGCCCUAUGAAACAAAAAACUAUCAGUGCGCACGAUACCCCAACGCCAUUUUGAGGCGAAAUUUUGUAUAUAGCGGGUGGCGCAGAGGAUGGCCCGAGAAGACGGGAGCGCCCUAAUUAACUGACGGACGCUGCCGGCUUACAGCUGGCGCAAGCAAUAAAAAUGCCAAGACCCGGCAGCCUUAAGGAUCCAGACAUUGCGGAGUUGUUUAGUAAACAUGACCCCGAUAAGAUCUUUGAGGAUCUACGAGAAAUUGGGCAUGGCUCAUUCGGCGCGGUGUAUUACGCUCGGUGCAAUCUCACCAAGGAGAUUGUGGCUAUCAAGAAGAUGUCCUACUUGGGGAAACAGAGUGAAGAGAAAUGGCAGGAUAUCUUGAAAGAAAUCAAAUUUCUGAAGCAACUAGAUCAUCCAAACACCAUAGAAUACAAAGGUUGCUACAAGCGCGAGCAUACAGCAUGGUUGGUCAUGGAGUACUGUGUUGGCUCUGCUUCUGAUAUUAUAGAGGUUCACAAACGCCCUUUACGUGAAGAAGAAAUAGCCGCAAUAUGUGAAGGAGUCGUCUGUGGAUUAUCGUACCUCCACAGCCUCGGUCGCAUCCAUCGGGACAUCAAAGCGGGCAAUAUACUGCUGACGGAAAAUGGAACAGUAAAACUUGCGGACUUCGGUAGCGCGAGCAUCAAGUGCCCCGCCAACAGUUUUGUAGGCACGCCAUACUGGAUGGCGCCUGAAGUCAUACUCGCCAUGGAUGAAGGCCAAUAUGACGGAAAGGUUGACGUAUGGUCGCUUGGUAUAACGUGUAUCGAGCUGGCAGAGCGCAAACCACCGUAUUUCAACAUGAACGCCAUGUCUGCAUUGUACCAUAUUGCGCAAAAUGACUCUCCCACAUUACAAGCGCCUGAAUGGACCGAUACGUUUCGCUACUUUGUCGAAGCGUGCCUGCAGAAGAACCCACAGGAGCGACCGUCAUCCACCAAGUUACUCUCCCACCAGUUUAUUACGCGACUGCGCUCUCCACAUGUCCUGAUUGACCUUAUACAGAGGACAAAGGCUGCAGUUCGAGAUCUCGAUAAUUUGAAUUAUAGGAAAAUGAAGAAAAUAUUAAUGGUGGAUGCAGAUAAUGAAAGUGCAAUUGGUGAUAGCGAGGAAACAGCGGAGGAGCGAUCAGGCGGCGACAGUUCCAAAUCAAAUUCUGCGACGUCGGAGCACAGCGCGGCCGGCGCCUCCAGUCAGAGCUCCUCGUCGGGCAGUCUGCGACGCCGCCCGCAUCCUUUGAACGCGAACCACCAUAGUCAACACCAACAACAGCAGCAGUAUCAGCAUCACAAUCACCAGCACUCCUCACAUUCUGCCAGAGGUCGCAAGCGCAAGCUUUACUCAUGUUGCUGUUUCGUACGCAGAGAGAGCGAGAGCACUCUCCCGGUGUCGCACGACGACUACGUGAACCGCGACGCGCUGCGAGACUACGCCAACCGCGACUCGUUGUGUGACGACUACGGGGACGACUACGCGAACAAGGAGGCCAUACGCGAGGCGCAACGGGAGCGCGAGCGCGAGCGCCACGCGGACUACCGCGAGUACGUGAACGCGCCGCCCGCCUGGCACGACGCCGGCGACGACAACCGCAACACGCAGCGCCGCCACACGCACAGGAGUUUAAGCAAUAAUGUGUCUGCCGCAAUGUCCCUAGUGUCGGAGCAUGGAGCUAAUAACUUCGCCACAAUACGAACAACCAGUAUUGUUACCAAACAGCAAAAGGAACAUAAUCAGGAGAUGCACGAGCAGAUGUCCGGGUAUAAGCGCAUGCGACGCGAGCAUCAGGCGGCGCUGCUGAAGCUGGAGGAGCGCUGCAAGGCGGAUGUGGACGCGCACAAAGCGCAGCUCGACCGCGAGUACGACACGCUGCUACUGCAACUGUCCAGGGAGCUCGAGCGGCUACAGACACGGCAUGGGCAAGAGCUGGAACGCAAGCAGAAACAAAGUGCGGCCGCAGAAAAAAAGUUGUUCAAAGACAUCACAGCCCGACAAGAACAAGAAAGGAAGGCAUUCGAAGCACAGCGUAAACGCGAAUACAAGGCGAACAAGGAGCGCUGGAAAAAGGAGCUCAGUAUGGACGAUGCCACACCUAAGCGACAGAGGGAUGCUACGCUACAGUCACAAAAAGACAGCCUAAAGCAAGCGGAGGCAGCGGAGGAGGCGAGGCUAGUGCGAUCGCAACGCGAGUACCUCGAGUUAGAGCUACGGCGCUUCCGCCGUCGUCGCAUGCUCGCGUUACAUCACAAGGAACAGGAGCUAUUGCGGGAGGAGCUGAACAAAAGACAACAACAACUGGAGCAGGCUCACGCGAUGCUGCUUCGUCACCACGAGAAGACCCAGGAGCUGGAAUACCGCCAGCAGAAGGGCGUGCACGCGCUUAGGGAGGAGCAGCUGUCGAACCAGCAUGCGACAGAGUUAGCCAACCAGCGCGAGUACAUGCAACGCGCCGAACAUGAGCUGCGUAAGAAACAUGCGUUACAGCUCAAGCAGCAACCCAAGAGCCUCAAGCAAAAGGAAAUGCAGAUACGUAAGCAGUUCAGGGAGACAUGUAAAAUUCAAACGCGUCAGUACAAGGCACUCAAAGCACAGAUAUUACAAAUGACUGCAAAGGAACAACAGAAGGAAGUAAUAAAAACUCUGAAGGAUGAGAAACGACGCAAAUUAGUUUUGCUCGGUGAACAAUAUGACCAGAGCAUUACUGAGAUGCUACAAAAACAGACCGUCAGACUGGACGAGAGCCAAAUGAUGGAGUGCCAACAGUUGAAGAUGCAGCUGGAGCAUGAGCUGGACAUGCUGACGGCAUACCAGAGCAAGAGCAAGAUGCAAGCGGAGGCGCAGCGGAACCGGGAACGACGCGAACUAGAGGACCGCGUGGCCGUGCGGAGGGCGCUGUUGGAACAGAAGAUGGAGUCAGAGUCGGCGCAGUUCGUGGCGGAACGUGCGGAGCGGACGCGUGCAUUGCACGAGCGGCACGAGCGCGAACUCGAACAGUUCGAUAAUGAGAGCGCGCGCCUCGGAUUCAGCGCUCUGGCGAUCGCGGAGGGCAGUCGUGAAGGCUACGGCGACGAGGAGCAGUCGCUGUCCGGCUCGAUGCUAUCGCUCGCGCACAGCAACUCGUCAGCCAGUUUCCCAGCCGGUUCACUUUAAACGCUCAAUCAAUCCACCUCUCGCCACUCGCCACACGACAUCCGACGCACCGAUAAUGCUGUUGCCAAAAAGUAAUCCUCUCCAUUAUUUCUUUUUAUUUUUGAUAGUUCAUUGUUUAUUUUUUUAUAAAAACUGAUAUAUUUACAGUAUUAUAAGGUCCUUUUGUCUUUUGCAGUUUAUAUUUAUUAUCAUAUAUUUCUUUUACUUCACAUUUUAUAGCAAAUUUUCACAAAUUGAGCUGUCACAAAUAUUAUAAUGGAAUGGAACAUACAUAUUUAUUUUUAUCUGUUAGUUUCAUAAUUAUUUACUUAUUUAUUUGGUCAAUUGGGUAAUCUUUACAGUCUCCCAAUACGUUUACCCAAAAAAGUAUCAUUACAAUAACAAAUACUUUAUAAUUAUAAAUAACAAUGAGAAUAAAUAUUAUAUAACAAUAAUAGAAAUAAUAUUGUGUAUUUUAAUUAUGUGAACACACACUCAAUGGGCAUCCAACGAAACUCCAGCAAGUUAAAUGCAAAUACAUCUAGUUGUGAAUUCUGGCUCAAAACAUCAUUGAAAAUACAUUUGAGUAUUUGUUAUAUGUCCAAAAAUAUGAUCAGCAAAACAAUUUUUGUUGAUUGUUUUAAACAAAGUCUCUAGAUUAUUUAUUCGACAGUUAAACAAACAGAUGUUCCAUCUGAUUGAAAGCUAUAGUUGCCGUCUGUAGUCAUGAACACCAUGGACGGUUUCCAGCGGGAACCGCGUGGAGAUCCCGCUGAUAUAUUGUAUAUAAUAGGGCUCUUAGAACCCAUUAUUUUAAUCCCUCCUUACCCCACUCUAACACAUAAGUUAUGCCUCUUGUUUCAGAUGCUAUUAGAAAAAAAAAAGAUACUCAUUGCUGUAGAAAGACUAAUACUAAUUUCAUAGAACUCCGAAAGCCAAUUUGCAAUAAUUUUCACAAACUAUAAAACCCUAUUCUUGUAGUUUGAAUUAAUAUAUAUACUACUACAGAAAACACUAUCCUUUUCCUAUUUCCGUUGUCACAUUGCCUUAUACGCAAUGGGGGAUAAUUAACUAUAAAAUGAUUUUUCUUCUCUGUAUAAUUAUUUUCUUGACAACAAACUUACCUACAUAAGUAAAAUUUUAAGUCUCUGAGAACAGUCUUCAAAAGCAUUAGAAUAAAGUUACCAUUGUUGUAACAAAACUAAUACAAUACUUUUAAAUAUGUGGCUAUUAUUAGUCGCAAAUUAUUGUUAUGCAAAAAUUAAACUACUGGUUCCAUUUUGGCAAAAAGUGCAGGUUUAAAAAACCUUUUUUUAAUCACAAAAUGCUUAAUUUUUCUGAUAUAUGAAUUUUAUACAUUAAUAAUAAUAAUAUACACACAUAUAUAUAUAUAUAUA